AUGAGAUUCUUCAUCAUCCUUCUUUUGGCUCUUUUGGCUGUUACUGCUCUUGGUAAGUUUAUAAAUUUAGGUACUUUGUUAUAUAGGUUACUAAUACCACAUAUAUUGCUAUAGAAAAAGGAAAUACGAAAAUAUUUGUUAAUAGUGUAAAAACGUAGAAUUGUAUAUAAAGUGUACUACAACAUUUCAGGAACCGUUCACCACGGUAAGAAGCCAGGUAACAAGAAGCCAGCCCACCAUCCCCCAGCCCACAAAGCUCCAGCUCACAAAGCCCCAGCCAAAGCCGGUACCAAAGCUCCAGCUGGAAGAGGUGCCACUUCAGCUGCCAAGACUACUGGUGCUGCUGCGGCCGCUGCCACCACCGCCAAGGCUGCUUAA